GCGGGCGCCAUUUUGGACGGGCCGGAGCUUAACCAGCGGGCGCAGCGGUGGCGGUGGUGACGGGUGGCGGAGCUCGGUCCGGCUCAGCGGCGGCGGGAGCGGCCUGGGGUUCGGCGGAUCGGCGGGUCCCGCUGCCGAGAUGGCCAAUAUCGCGGUGCAGCGGAUCAAGCGGGAGUUCAAGGAGGUGCUGAAGAGCGAGGAGACAAGCAAAAAUCAAAUUAAAGUAGAUCUUGUAGAUGAAAAUUUUACAGAACUAAGAGGAGAAAUAGCAGGACCUCCAGACACACCAUAUGAAGGAGGAAGAUAUCAAUUAGAAAUAAAAAUUCCAGAAACGUAUCCAUUUAAUCCCCCUAAGGUGCGGUUUAUCACCAAAAUAUGGCAUCCUAAUAUUAGCUCAGUCACUGGAGCUAUUUGUUUGGAUAUCCUAAAAGAUCAGUGGGCCGCAGCAAUGACUUUAAGAACAGUGUUGUUAUCAUUGCAAGCCCUCUUGGCAGCUGCAGAACCUGAUGAUCCACAAGAUGCAGUAGUGGCAAAUCAGUACAAACAGAAUCCAGAAAUGUUUAAACAGACAGCUCGGCUUUGGGCACACGUGUAUGCUGGAGCACCAGUUUCUAGUCCAGAAUAUACCAAGAAGAUAGAAAACCUUUGCGCUAUGGGAUUUGAUAGGAAUGCAGUAAUAGUGGCCUUGUCAUCAAAAUCAUGGGAUGUAGAGACAGCAACAGAACUACUUCUGAGUAACUGAGCCAUGUGCAGAAAACUGCUUUGGUAGCCCAGCUUGCCCCUUCUUGAGGAGCGUCACCAUCUCUUCUUUUUAGGUUUCGAUAUAGAUUCUCUUUUAAAACUGGCAUUCUUGCCUGAUGCUAUCUAGGCACCAUUGGAGACUGAAAAACUGCUCUGUAAAUAAAGCUAAUUAAACAUCUGUGUAAAUUUAAAAAAGGGGGAAAUACUUUAAUUUUUUUUUCUUACUAAAUAUUGUAAAUUCCUUGAGCUUGGCUAAAACAAUGGGGACAACAUGCCUACUGUAGUGUUAGCAGUGUGACCAAGACUAGCAGGAAUUUGCAUCAGGAUUUUGACUUUAUUCAGAACACAUCAGAAUGUGUCUGUUGUCAUCAGUCGUUGAUGUCACUCAUCCCAGCUCCCUUACCGUUUUUAAUAUGGAUCCUACAUGCCUGUGGACUGACCUGAUAUUUGCAUGCUUGUACUUUACAUAGACACUAUAAGCAAGUAGGGUGAACUGAACAGAGCACCAUUUGAAGUACUUGAGUAUUCAUUCUUGUAACUUUUUGCCUGAAGUUUUCCAGAUGGGCUCAACACUCUAAAUGAUGGCCUACUCUGAUACUUUCACCACCUUAAGAGUAACAAUCCUGAAUGCCCUCCUUGCUCCCAGCCCCCUUCAGCUGCACGCACAGUUGCAAUAAUCACACUAGGACCUCUCAGAGUUUGUGGGCAUCUGUGCCAUCUAGCCUAGUUUUCCACUUCACGUGGUAUAUUUUGAAUAAUCAGUAAAAGUGUUUCCACCAUUGUAAUUUCUACACAAUUGUAUAAAGGUUUGGUAUAUUUGGACAUAGCACAAACCAGUGAAGCUGCUCUUUUAUUUCUUAUGCAGAAAUCAAACCUCUUUCAAUAAAUUCUGGCUAGAAUGAAUUCACUGAAAAGAACUGGGUCUCUGUUAACACUGAGAAUGCCACCCCUUUUCUCUGGCGUAUGCUGUGAUGCAGUCAGCUUUUUGGACUUAAUUUCAGAUAACAGUUGCUUAUAAAGGGUUAUACAAGACCCACUUGUGUGCAUUUUUCCCUAGCUGACAUUUGGAAAUCUUGUGGGGUUUUUUACUGUACAUAUAUGUUAAAUGCCGGUAGUAGUUUCUCCAGGAUGAAUGUUCCUGCUAAAAACAACUGUACUUACAGUGUAUCUUUGUAUCCAUUCUGAGAGAUCUGAACUCUUCAGAUGGUUAGUUUUUUAUAAGUCCAAAACACAUACUUUUUGUUGAAAGUUGGAAUAUUUCAGAGCUGCCCUGAGAAUUCUUCUGAGCAAAAGGCAAUGGCACGUUUGGAGCGUAUCAAAUUAUUUUCCUCAAUCCAAUUCUUAUGUACUGUAGAUAGAAAUGUUUACAUUAAUCCAUGUUUUAAUUGAAGAACAGGCAAUGGGCUACUCACAGUUUUUGCUAAUCUGUCAUGUUACAUUACUGUAAAAAAAAAAUGAUGAGAAUUUGAGAUGGGCAUGCAGGAUUCUUUCCUGCAAGAUAUCCAAGUUAUCUAUAGUUUCAGAUAUUAGGACACAGAAAAUAGUUAUCUGUGCAAUAUGAAGCACUGCUGUUUUUUUUCCACAUCCCAUUUCUGCAUUCAGUGAUUGUGUGGUUUAUCUUACAGUCAUGUAAAUCACUGGCAGAUGCCAAAGGAAAUGUGACUCUCUCUCUCUCUUUUUGGUAUUUCCUUGAUAUUUAUUUUUUUUAUUUUUUAAAUGAACUAUUGCUGCUCAACAUUUUUGUUAAAUACUGGCUGGGGCAGAUAUAACCCUGGCAAUCUGCCAUUUGUGUUCGUACUUUUUUAAUGGUCUAUAUUUUGAUGAGCUCAUCCACAAUAUUAUUUACCCUGGUGGUAAUUGUGUAAAUGCCUAAUAGAUUUACAUUUCUCCUUGUUCUUUGCACAUUAUUAAAAGAAAGAACUUGGAAGUAGUUAGUUGGGAUAAAAUGUCUUCUGCUUUUACAUUUAGAUAAUCUUUCCGGGCAAGGUUCUGUGAUUGUGUCAAAUGAAACGAGAAAGGCUUUGAAUGCAGGAAGGACGUUCAUGGUAUUCAUCACUAUUAAGCGGUUCCCUUGCCUACAGCGAUAAUUUUGGCCUAACUUUAAUUUAGGCAUAGGAGUGUGAGCAUUGGACGAUGGAGAGCAAAUUUAUAUGGGGAGUGUAAAAGUGCUAGGUAUCCCUAGUGGUUCAAUCAUAACUAAGUGGGUGGAAGUUUCCAAGGGGAAAGGAAGGGCUACAUUGACCUAUCAAAGUUCAACCAAGGCUGAUAAUGGCUGGCGCUGUGAGUCACUAAAGAUACUUGUGUUGGGCUUGGAAGGUUAUUGAGCUGAUAGGUUAAAAUGCUGUCAGGAUAAUCUAAUUGCAGAUAGUAUGACUUGGAAAUGAUAGACUAGAUUGUUAGACUAGAUUUUCAUUUUUUAAAAAAUACUCUAAAAUACAAACUGAGCAUCCAUGGAGCACGGCCCUGGGCUAGACUGCCCUGUCCAGCUUUGGCUCUACAGUGAUGCAGGGUUCUCUUUUGGAAAAUGUUCCAGAAGACAGUUGGUAAUUCAGAAAAGAUGCUUCUCCCAGAGCGCUCCACAGAUCUUCGUAUGUGUAAAAAUACAUCCGUCAGUUUCCAGAAAUUUCUAGUGGAAGGCAAGCUCUUCUUCCCCUAUUACAAGAUCUUGUUCAAGGUGUGGAGUAAUGUACUACUGACAAUUACAAAUAGUUUCCCCAUUCCAGCUGAUGUGUAAUCAGAGAGACAUGUUUUUCAGCAGUGUUUAAUAUUAAUUUUGUUGAAAGCUAUGAGAUUUACAUAGUGUAUUUUUUUCCUUGUGCUUCAUUUGGGGAAUAACUGAGGUACAAAAUUGCAGCCGGAGUAAAGGAAUAGUGUCUUCAAAUGAACUGAUUUGCUGCCAUGUGAGUAAACUAUGCAAACCCUGUACUUCUUAGGCAACAGAGACAUAGUAUUAGCAUCCUGUUUUGGAAAAGGCAAUAGCAAUCCGUUGCUCAUAUUUUAUCAUUUAAUUGCAGAUAGAUACACUUCUUUUGCCAACAGCAGUUCUUACAACCAAGGUGACUUAGCAGCCACUGGAGCUUAUUUGAAAAGGGACUUCUUGUUGGCCUCGGCAGAUUAAUUUGAAGGCUUAUUUGCUUUCAUUGGGGAACCAAAUAAUGACUCAAGAUUGUGAAGCCCAUUGCUUGUUGGACUUGUUCUGUACAAAAGGCCCCUGGCACAGUAACUGCACAAAUCAUAUAGGAAAUGGAAGCAGGACAUCUUUCCCUAACAAGCCUCAGAUACAGAUUUCGCAUGGAGAGUUUGCAAAGUGCUAAUUGCAAGACCUGUAUGGAGGCAUUAGUUCAAUUGUCCUGCUUGGAUAUGAGUAUAGCGAAUCCAGCAGACUCCCAAUGUGAUUGUAGGGGUGUGGCAUGGUACCUGUUUUCACGAAGAACUGAUUUAUAGAGCUGCUCUCCCUCCAUUUUCAGCCAUUAGAGCUUUUAUGUUCAAGUGACCUUACCUUAUUUUAUUUUUCUCCGUUCUGAAUCCAUUCCUAAAGGACAAAAGAAAGUAGGCUACAUUUUGGUUAAAUCACCUGCUCUGUAGUCUUGGGAGUAGAGAGAGGAGGGAAUCUACCCAGUGGUUCCACAAGUAGCCAUUAACUUGCUAACAAGAUCCAAAGUACUGUAAAAGAGCCUCUCUUAAAAUUUGCAGUAUGGUGCUCUAGAUCACUAGCAAGGGCAUCUCUCUGAAACAAAGUGGUACGGUGGAAGAUCUUAACUCGUUAUUUAUUUUCCAUCCCAGUUUGGGGUUUUUCCCUGGCCAAGACAAAGUAUACUUGUAGGAAGUGCUUAAUUAGCAUUUCACUUCAUUGUGAGCCAUUGGUGGGCUGGAAUAUAGCAUUGGUGUUUUUGUUGAGAAUAAAAGCUACACAACACUUUUGUACACACUUUUUAAAAAUAAAUACGCAUUUUAAAAAUGUUGAUUUCCAUUGCAAAUGCUUAAUAAUAAAUGCAUGUUUCCUGAAA